CUCUAUGCCAUCCAUCGAAAUUCGUAUUUGAUAUGUGUAUACCAUGCUUUUUUUCAAUGGUGGGCAUGUGUUCUAAGAUUUAAAAAGACUUGAGAGUGUGUGUGCAGAAGAACGCAAAAAAUAAAAUACCAAAAUUAAGGUUAACAUUAAAUAUAUUGCAGUCCGCUAAAAGAUUUUGGGUGCAAAACUUUAAAAUACAGAAGGAAAAAAUAGAGGAGUGAAUUAAAAUAAUUCAAUAAAAUAAAUAAAUACAAAAAAAUAAAUAAAUUUCAAAUUCAAUAAUGGAUUCAGCUGGGAAAAAUCGUUAUGAACUUUUGUUCAUGGACGAUGAUAUUAGUGAUCCAUUAGAUAAUAUUGUUGCCAAGAAGAAAAAGCAGGUUAAGACUGCUGCUGCUGGUGGCGCUGCUACAACUGCGGCUGGCGCUACUGGAACCGCCAACGGUCCCAAGACAACGAACAAACCAGCCAACACCAACCAAGUGAAGAAAUCCAAUCAGGCUGAAAAGGAAAAUAAGCCCUUGAACAAGAACGACAAUAAGAAACCCAAUGCCGCGGCAGCAGGUGCUGCUGAUAGAUUCAACAAACAAGGUGGGGCUGGCGCUGGUGCUGGUGGUGCUGCUGGUGGCGCCAAUCGUAAACGCAAUAACGGUGAGGCACGUGAAGGUGGUCAAGGCCAACAACAACAACAGCGCAAUGUCAACUUCAGGCAACAAAAUGGUGAAACACGUGAACAACGCAAUAACCGUCGUAAUGUACGCGAAAAUGGACAAGCUGGAGCUGCUGCUGGCGGUGAACGUCCCCCCUUCAGAGGUGGUGAUCGUGCCGAUCGUCCACCACGCAAUCGUAAUUUCGAAGGCGGCAAUCGUAAACGUGAAUUUGAUCGUCAAUCGGGUUCUGACAAAACUGGUGUUAAAGCUGUAGAUAAACGUGAUGGCGCUGGCGCUCACAACUGGGGUUCCGUUAAGGACACCAUUGAAGAAGGCAACACCACUAAAACUGUUGAGGAAAAUGGCAAUGCCGCCACUACCGCUGAAAAGAACGAAGAAUCUGGCAAUGAACAAGCAACUGAACAGACACCCGUUGAGGAAGAAGUUAAGGAAUUGACUCUGGAUGAAUGGAAAGCCCAGCAACAACAACGUGCCAAGCCUCAAUUCAAUAUACGUAAAGCUGGAGAAGGUGAAGAUACUACCAAAUGGAAGAAAAUGGUUGUUUUGAACAGCACCAAGGCUACCAAGGAAAAGAAGGGCACCGAAAGCGAAGAAGAAUUAGAAUUUGAUCCUGCCAUGUAUCCCCAACGUGUGGGCAGACAACAACGUGUCUUGGACAUUCAAUUCAAUUUCAAUGAUGGUCGUCGUUUGGGCGGUUUCGGUGGCCGGGGACGCGGUGGCAAUCGCAAUGGACCACGCAACAACAACAAUAAUGCUGCUGCUGCUGGUGGUGCUGCUGCUGCUGGCGGUGAAGGUGCUGCUGCUGCUCCACCCAAGCCACGUUUCGAGGGCAACCGUGGUGGCAAUAACAAUGCCGGUGGCAACCGUGCUGCUGGUAAACGUCAAUUUGGUGACAAGCAAAAUGCUGCCCCCAAGGUCAACGAUGAACGUCAAUUCCCCACAUUGGCUUAAAGCGUUUAAUUAAGGCUUUACAAACAAAACAACAAAAAACCUUUUUACCAUCAUUAUACCAGGUGUAAUUUAUUCAAGAGAUGAAACACCUUUUUUAGCCACUAUAACAACAACAGCAAAGCAAGCAGUAAGGAGGAGAUGUAAGAAGAUUAACUAAAAAGUUUUAUUUUAUUUUCAAGCCAAAAUAAAACAAGUCAUUUAAAAUUAGAAUCCAACCACCACCAAUACUUCCGCCACAACAACAACAAAAACCACAAAUCCCCAAAUCUUUUACCCAAACAGCAGAAAAUUCUUUUUUUAUUUUUAAAUUUCUCUAAAGAAAUUUAGUUUUUUGUUCAAAAAAAAAAACACAAAAUUAUCAAGCCUUGGUUUAAACACAUUUGUAUUUUGAAGCUGGACCACAUUGGAUCCUCAUUAUACAAAAGCGUGGCCUCAAAAGAUGAAGAGUUGCUAAAAAAAACAUAAAAUUUUUCUUAGGUGUCAAAAAAGAGUUAUAAAAAGGCAAAUGUUUUAAAGACUGCCGGAAUGAUCGAUUUAAAUAGAUCUUUGCUAAUUUAAUACAAGGAUUUAUAGACAUUUGGACUUUUUCCAACUACUUUUCCAAGCCUAAGUCUUAAAAUCAUUAAUGUUCUUUAAAGCAUACUCUUCAUUUUGGAAAAAAACGUUAUGUUAGUCAAGACUGUAUUUUUAUCAAGAAAAUUUUGAAUAUUAAACCCUGAGAAACAUCACAACUAACUAAGCAAGAAAAAAUCAACGACAUUUUUUUCCAAUAAUUAGUAAAAAUCGUUAAUAUUAUAUUCUAUCAUCAUUAAAUUACAUAAUAAACAAAUAUUUCAUUAAAUUGAUUAAACAUCAAGCAUUAUCAUCAAACAAAUUCAUGCAAAUGAAACACAUACACAACAUUUUUCAUUAUAAAAAAUCAUUUAUCAUGAUUUUUAAGAAUAUUAAACAAGAAAAAGUUUUAAUAAAACAAAAGAAAAAAAAAAGGAAAUCAACGUCUUUAACUGUAUUAACAAAUAUGUUUGUAGUAAACAAUAAUAAAACAACAAUAAUAUUAUAAAAAAAAAUCGUAAAACACAAUUUUAAAUUAAACAAAACCAAAAUAAAAUAAAAAAAAUUUUAAAAAUUAAAAAUAAAGAUUCCCCCCAAAAACAAAAACAACACACUUUUUAGUAACAAAGUAAGUAAUAUGAAAGCAAAAAUAAAGCAAGAUUUUAAUUAAAAAUUUAUAUGAUUUUAAGAAAAAUCUUGGAAUUAAGAAUAUAAAUUUAAUUUACAAUAUCAUCUGUACUUCCUUCAAUUUAAUCAAAAACAAAAAAAGAAAAAAAACUUAAACAUAACUUAAAAUUCGGUUGUAAAUUACAAACGAUUAUUACUCUACUCAUUAUCAUUAUUAUUAUUAUUAUGAUCAUCAAUCAAAUCACUCUCUUACAACUCUAAUGCUCCGCUCUCCUACAUCUAAACAUAUUGUCGUAUCAUAUAACUAACACCUCUUUUUAAAGACUAAAAAUAUAAAAUGCCCAAAAAAUUUCCCCCGAAAAAAACAAUGAAUAUAAAAUUGAAAUAACAAUUACAUAAUUAAAACAAAAAAAAACAAAAAAUAUACAACACAAUAACAAUAUUUAAUAUUAAUACUAAUACAUGUAUUUAUAAGUGAGGAUAUGAUUUUGUUUUCUUAAUAUAUAGUUUUUAAAAAAUUAUUAUUAUAAUUAAAAAAAAAAAAAUGAAGAAAAAAAAAACGAAAAAAUAUGUCAAAAACAGAAUAAAAAACAUUUAUAUUGUUUUAAUUUUCGUUGUAAUAAACUCUUACUUACUACUUUUCAAGCAUCGUUAAGAUGUCAAGAAGAAAACCUCCCUUUUCUUUAAGUAAAAGUAAUAAUAAGUAAUGAAAAUAACUCAACACUCAACUUCUCAUCUUGCAUAUUUAGUCCUCUGCUCCCUGAAAACCUCAAUGAAAGUUAAUAACAAUUUAUAAUUAAUGAACAACAACAGCAAGAAGAAGAUAAAAAAACACUUAAUAUUAAUGAUCAACUUUUUUUUUGAGAAAAAGAAAAUGUAUUUUGACCCAAAGAAACAACAAAAAACAAAAUGUUUGAAAAAUCGUUUAAAUAAAAAUUUGAUAAAACUACAAAAAAAAAAAUAUAAAA